UAAUAAUAAAUAAACCCGCUCCACUCUGGGUGUCAUAAAUGUCAAAUUUUUGUUGUACCCAGGCUUGGAAAGAAGCGGUAGUCGCGGUAUUUAGCGCGUAAAAGUAAUUUGUGCAGUUGGUUCGUCGUCUGUUGCUGCUGGGCUGGAAAUUACAGUGUGUUUACGGACCCGAGAAACAUUGCACUACACUGCUUCGGUGUGCCCUUUGCCUUACAGUGUGUUUUAAUAGAACAACAGCGAAACUGACAGUGAGCGUGAUGGACGCUUCGGUAAGAGCGGGUGGAACCGAUAUGAACAUCGUUGGCGAUGACAUUGACACCAAGGAUUGCUGGUGGGAACGGCCAAGUGUUAUCUAUGCUGACAGUGAUGCGGCUGGCUACGGCAGCGAUGGGUUCAGUGGACUUCCCGGCAGAACCGGCAGCUUGCCAUCGAUUUUCCCGACCGGCAAUCAGCUGAUUCAGCCCGACCAGGACGGCGGUUUCAACGGGGACGGUACGGGGCCGGGCGGUACUGGCGGUACGGCGGCGGGAACGGGCCGGACGGGAGCGAAUCGCAAAAAGGUGCGCUUCCGCAAGUCGAAGCUUCGCCAGCUGUACGACGUGGACGUGCUGCCCGUGGAGUACCUGGGACCAAAGAUCGAGUACAGUGUGAACCUGCCGAGAGUAACCGCACAACUGGAGAAGUUGAUGGGAACAAAUGUGGUCCGGCUGACGGAUCGCAAAUACAUGCAGGAGCUGCAGCGCCGCAUCCAGGAGGACUACAAUGUCACGCUGGAGAAGCGCAUCAGCGAACGGGAGCACCGAGAAUGGCAACGGCAGAAGCAACUGAUCCUGGACGGCAAGUAUAGCCUGGAAAACUGUCCCCGGUCUUUAAUUCCACUGCACAGUAUCGUGCUGGCGAAAGAAAUCGAGCGUGAGCGUAACCUGAUCCUGUCCGGUGCGGGCGACAGCAUACCGGAGGAGAUGACCAGCUCGGUCUUUCUGGUGAACCAGAAAACGAACGUCAACAUCCUGAACAAGCGGGAAAAGCUGAAAACUAUCCGUGAGAAAAAUGCGGAACGUUUGAUAAAACAGGGCCACCGCUGGGAGCGGGAACGGCAGCAGAUGGAGGAGCAGAGCCGCGAGCGCGAGAUCGAACGGCGCACCAAGCGCGAGGCACUGCUCGAGCAGGAAAAGCUGUACAUGAUCGAGGAAAACGAUCGCUCGCUGAACCUGCUGCGGAUGAAGACGAAGAAGGGCCCGUCGCGCGACAUGAACCUGCGGUCGAUGCUGAUGCAGCAGCGGGAAGAGCUGGGCCGGACGAUACAGAAGCGCGACUUCGACAUGAAGGACGAGCGGUCCGGGCUGGGGAUGGAGAUGGAAGGCGGGAAGGGGGAUCGACGGCGGCAUCGACGGGGCGCUCGCAAGCAGCGACCGAUGCAGCGACAGAACGAGGUGCACGAGUACCAGGAGUCUUCCUCGCCGGAGGAGGGCUACAUCUCGAUGAACAAUGCCGACACGCCCGAAGAUCUGGAGACGUCGAUCGCGAUCAAGGUGGGCAAAGGGGCGAGCAAGGAUUCGGGCGACGAAUCGGAAGCGGAGCAGGAUUCGGACCAGGCGCCAGUGGACGAGGCGUUGGUGGAGCAGCCAAACGAUGCGAACGCAGGGGACGAUGAGGAGGUGGCUGCUGAGGUCGAUGCGCUGGAGCAGCAGCUGGAGCAGCAGGAGCUGACCGAGGCGGAGCUGGAAGCGGCCGAAGAGGCACGGCUACGGGAGGAGCUGGACAAAACGCUGAUGGAAAAGAAGAAGGCGCGGCAGGUGCGGAACGAGGACCCGAAGAUUACCAAGCUCAAGGAGGCAGAUACUGUGUCAGACAUUUAUAACGUUGCCGAUGAGAUCAUCGUGCUGGAGAAGAAGAAGACGAAGAAAGGGUUCGGCAAGUAAGCGGGGCGGCAGGGCAGCCAAAUCCGUCGCAGGCCAAACAUAAUCCACCGGACCCCGAUGCGUGCCACACCGUGACGGAAGGGCAGCGAACGUCGGCGACAGGAGUUUUUAAGAAUGCUGCAUAUACAUCACAAGCUGUAUCUGUGAUCUCUGGAUGAUUGUGGUUUCGUUUGCAGGUGUGGGUGUGCUCGUGUGCACCCGGAGAGAUUUUGGUAGCGUAUUGUUUUGCGUCUGUUUUUUUUGUAACAAAAAUGCGUUUGUGUUGAGAUGCACUUUGUGAUAAAAAUUGAAAUGUAUUUUGUAGUAAAAACCAAAGAGUCGUCUUAAUAAACUGUUGCCAUUGAUGGAUAGAUGUUGCUGUUGAAAAUGUAAA